ACGUUUCGGUAUAGAAAAAAACACAGGCUAGUGUGGCCAGACUGAGCAAUUUUAAGUCAAGUAAGUCGGACUGUAAACGUUUAUGGGCUAAGGUAUGUUUGUUUUCUACUCUUUUCCACCAGCCUGACCGCCACUUUGCGUGUAUUGACGUUUUCGGGACCCGGAAGUGGGCGGCGAUAGCAGGUGGCUGUACUAUAAAUAGCAUUGGGACGUACCGUAACACGUUGAUGAACUGGUCCACAAUGGCCUCUUCUGCCGCCUCAGUUGACCAGAAUCAGCUGCAGAGAAUCAUCAGAGAUCUCUAUGAUGCCGUUUUUCAGCUAAGUCAAGCGCACAAAGAAUAUUUGGAGCCUGUGACUGAUGACAGCAUCAUCCUGCACAAAUUUUUCUACAAACUUGAGUACCUGCUACAGUUUGACCUGAAGGAGAAGACAACCUUUCUCGGCCAGAGAAAAGACUACUGGGAUUACUUCUGUGACUGCCUGAUUAAGAUCAAGGGUGCUAAUGAUGGCAUCCGUUUUGUAAAGUCCAUCCCCGAGUUAAAAACCUCAUUGGGUAAAGGAAGGGCCUUCAUUCGUUACUCGCUUGUUCACCAGCGCCUUGCUGACACGCUGCAGCAGUGUCUCAUCAAUCAAAAAGUCACAAGUGACUGGUAUUAUGCCCGGAGUCCCUUCCUUGACCCAACCCUUACCUCGGACAUUAUAAACCACCUGUAUGAGCUUAACCAGAUCCAAUUUGAUGUCGCAGCCCGAGGUUACGAUCUCGACAUCGAUUGGCCAGCCUUUGCCAGACGGACACUAGGGUGUGGCUCAUCAUCACUCUUGUGGAGACCGCCCAGUCGUUGCUCCAGUGUGAACAGCCUGGUACAGUUUCAGGAGGUACCAAUUCCAGAAUUGAGUCUUCUCGGACACCUUGCCCCUGGAGACUCAUCCAGUCGCGGCUCUGCAGAAAAUCUUCGCUUUGCGCUCGAUCAAUCUGAACUCAGGCAGCAAGAGCUUCUGAGACAGGUGGAUGAAUUGGGCAGAGAGGCGGCUGAGCUGAAAGAUGUUAUUAAGGAUCUUAAGGACCAGUUGCUAGCAGCUCAGAAGGCCAUCAGCUCGCCGUGCCAUUCGAAAGUCACGGCAAGCAUGGAUGUCCGUAACCACUAUCAAACGUGUUGGGAAGAAAAAAACUGUGACCUUCAAGACAGACUCACUGCUACUGAGAACAAAAACAUGGAGCUUCUCUCUAAACUGGAUGAGACUAUUAAUAAAAAGGGCAAACAAGCAACAAGCUUCUGCGACUCUGCCUGGAAGAUCCAUGAACUCCUGGAAAAACUUAAGUCAACAGAGGAGAAAAGGUUGGAAGCCAAGAUGGAAGCCGAGGACUGGGCCAGGAACUGUGAGCGUGUUUCUCAGGAGCUCAAACUUAGGGAAGAGGAGUUAAGGAACUGCACAGAAAAACUGGCCGAUGUCAAAUCCCGGGGCCAGGUUGAGCGUGAUGAAACCCUAAAGCGCUUAGAGGAGCUCCAGGGUGCAGUCGGUCGUAUUCAGGGUGCGUUGACAUUAAAAGAAAAGGAGAGCGGGAAUUUGCGAGCCCAGCUUCAGGGGCUGCAGUCUUCGUUGGAGUGCAGAGAACGUCAGGCGGAAGAACUUCGAAGGAGGCUUCAGGAAGAGCGCGACGAGAUUGAGCGCCGAUGUACCGAUAGGGAUAGCCAGAAUGAAACCCUGGAGGUUCAGUUGUUGGACUUGCGAAAAACCCUAAAAAGCAGAGACACCGAGCUUUCCAUCAGCUCUGAGAGAAUCAAGCAUUUGGAAGAACAUCUAGAAAAAUUGAAAGUAGAGAAACAUAGUCUCAUUUCUAAACUUGAUGAAAAUGAUGUGAAGGCCUGCGAGGGAACCGGAAACUUCAACAACUACAACUCUCAUUACUGUGAGCUUAAAGGGAUCAAUGCCACGCUACUGCAAGCAAUCAAGAAAAGCGAGGAGAGCAUCGCCGAGAUGACUCAGGGCAGAGAAGCCAUGUUAGUCCAACUCGCCACUCUUAAGGCUUCCGAGAAGCACUUGAAGGGAAGGGUGGAAGCUGCCGAUCUGUGCGUAAAAGACCGUGAGAAGAAGCUCCUUGACGAAAAUAAGCAUUUGGAGGAGCUUGUCCAGAAGAUUCUUCUUGAGAAGGAGCAAUUAGAAGCUCAAAAAAAGAGCACUGAGCAUGAAAACAAGGAACUCGUUGAGGGCCAGUCCUCAUUGAAAAAACAACUCGCAGAUGCCCAUGAAGAAUUGAACUUGCUCAAUGCCAAAGUUUCAAACUUGGACGAGAAUCUCACAGAGUCCCAAAGAAGCCACGCAGAACUGCUCGUAAAACUCCAGCAAACGGAGGUCAAGCUCAAAGAACAGAUGACUAAAUGUGGUCUUCUGCAAUCUCGAGCUGAGGAGCUGGAGAGCAGAACCUUGGAGCAACAUCAUGAAAAAGGAGCGGCAGAGAGCAAUGAAAAAAUGCCAAAACUUCAUGAAGAUCAUUUACCCACUGAGAGCAAAGAGGCACCGUUUAGGUUGGUGCUCGCUGAGGCUCAGCUAGAGCUCAACCUGAGGGAAGUUCACCGCCUCAGAGAGGAGGUAGUUGAGCUCAGGGCUCAGCUGCUUGCUGGGACGGAGGAAAAACUCAAAGCUCAGGCCUGUCAGGAGGUAACAGAGGCCUCCAGAGAGGACCUGCGAAUCUUGGCAGAACAGCUCAAGGGUCAAGUUGAGGAGCUCAACAGACGGCAUGUAGACGAAAUCCUGCGUUCUCGUGAGCGCGAGGAGGCGUUGACUCGUGAGCGAGACUGUGAGGCUCUGGCUCGUGCUGGCCUAGCUGCGGAGGUGACGGCUUGCAGGGAGGAGAUGCAUGCUCUCAAGCAACGCUAUGACGCCUUGUGCCAAGAGAACUGUGACUCCGGCGAAGCCCUACACCGGGCCAAUACUGAAACGGCGGAACUUGGCGUUCGCGUCUGUAUGCUGACAGCUGAAAAUGAAGAGGCUCGUCUGCGGUGGGAGAGCCUCUCUAAGAGGCAGAAAGCACUGGAGGAGGAGGCAGCGCAAGAGGCGUCUAGGCUGGACGCUUGCACAGAGCAGCUCCGCCGGGAGAAUCAGCAGCUCCUCAGCAAGCUCCGUCACCAGGACGACCUUUGGACAACAAUGCACAAGCUGCAGGAGGACCUGGCCAAGGCACAUGAAGAGGCGGAGACAUUGCAGGAGAGGAGCCGACAGGAGAUAGAGGCGCUCAAUUUGGAGCUUAGCAACCAGGCUAUCAGCCACAGCAGCCAAAUGCAGAGUGUCAACGAAGAAUUAAUGGAUGAGAGGUUACAGAUGAUGAGCGAGCAGGAGAAAGCAUUUGAGGUGGAGAGAAAGCUAAAGGGCUUGGAGGCUGACACGCAGAGAUACCGACAGCAACUCACUGAGAAAACCAUCCAGAUGGCCCAGUCGGAAAAUCUUCUUCAGCAAAAAGAGGACGAGCUAAUCCAUCUGAGAAAGAAUUUAUCAAGAUGCCAAGAGGAGUUGGAUAAGGCUCAGCGGGCGUGUCAGGAGCUGAGGGACACUCUGCGGAGGGUCACCCUGGACAAACAGAAUUUUGACCUGAGGACAGCUGCUGAACUUGACGAUCUCUACCGCACCAAGGUCAACCUGGAAGAAAGGCUGGUGGAGCUCAUCAGGGACAAAGACGUGCUGUGGCAGAAGACAGACGCGCUGGAAUUUGAGCAGAAGCUGCGCGAUGAGGAGACGGACCGCGACCUCAACUACUGCCUUAGCUGCCACACCCCAUUUGGCUGGUGGCUCCGCAAACACAACUGCAGAUUUUGUGGUCGCCCCUUUUGCCACUAUUGCCUGGGAAAUGCGACGAGCAACCAGCCGGGAGGCAUCAGAGAGCGUUGCUGCCGGGACUGCUCCAAACAGCAUGGCACGGAGGCUGAGCACCCCCCACAGGAGGAUACUUUCACCAGCAUGCCAAGCUCAGCACUGAGCCGUUUGCUGCAGCCUCUGAGAGCCGUGACAGGCGUUUUGGAAGCAGGUGAAGGCAACAAAUUGGAGGAUGGCGUGUUUGACAUCAUCACAGAGGAGGAAGUGAGCGGUGUCUCAGAGAGUGACUCGUUUGCCACGGCCUGCUCUUCUGGAUUUGGACAGCAGGAGGCAGCACAACUAAACAACAGCAGCACUAGUGCAGGAGACGUCUCAUCUGAAGACCCCGAGGAUCACCCUGGCACUGUGCAGGACGCUGAGAUCUGCCUGCUGAAAUCGGGCGAACUGACCUUGGCAGCCCACUUCAAGGUGGAUGAUAUCUCUAGCUUCGGGGACAGCUCUCGGGAGCUCUUCAUCAAGUCGAGCUGUUACAGCACUGUACCCAUCAGUGCGGGCUGGCCAGGCGCCACUGUCACAUGGACAUUCACCUCGGAACCCAAAGGCAUAUCCUUCAGCGUAGUUUUCCGGGAGAGUACGCAGACACCGCUGGAGCAGGCUAAGGUCUUGAUUCCGCUGACGCGCUGCAAUUCUCACAAGGAGACAAUAAGGGGUGAAAUGAAAGUCCGUAAAGCAGGAGAAUACGUACUUAUCUUUGAUAACUCCUUUUCGAGGUUCAUCUCCAAGCGAGUGAUGUAUCAUCUGGCUGUGGAUGUGGAUAACCUCCCAUGAAAGGAAAUGCAUGUCAAACAGGUUUCCGUCAAUGCUGUCUGGAGCGUAUGGUAACUUGAAGCAGAGUCUAUUUGACACAUGAAAGCUCAGUAAAAUGUGAGGGCACUUUAGGAACAUCAUUGACUAAGGCACAUAGAAGGAUGUAAUCGUAGGCCACAGGGGAAAUACAUUGUAUUUGUUAUUAAUCCACUGAAUUAGAGCAUGUAUUUUUAUAUCAGUGGUAGAAUUAAGCUUAAGGACACUCAGUGGGACAAAUUUGUGACUAGAAUCCACGCAAGAUCAUUAAGAAAAAAAAACUAGCAAAACAGUGGCUUCAAUUACUUGUAGACAAUAUUCGGGUUAAGUAGUCAGUGUUCAGUAUUUUUUUAGACAUUUGGAAUAAUCUCUACAUUUUUUUUUUUGCUCAUCUUGUUGUAAAUCUCGUUACUCAUCCUCACACCUAAAGCAUUGUGUGAAGGUUUUUUCUUUUUUUUCUUGCCAUGUACUCUUUUAGACAGCAACAAGUACUCCGUGUACUCAAGACCAAGAAUUCUUAUUAAUGUAGCAUACACAGAAGCUCCUUUCAAAGAGGCUACAUGGCCAGAUGUUCCCUUCAGAAAAGGUUUAACUCAGGGGGAGUAAUCAGGUUAAAAAAAUAAAUAAAUAAAUGAAUAUGAGCAUAUUCUUACUUAAGCUAUUACAAUAGGAAAUAUGCCCAAAGAUACUGGAGAACAUUUCCCACUAUGUAUCGGGAUCCAUCAGAGUUAAGUGAACGCAAUUCAGUAUUGCCUGAAAUUCCUGUUAUCAUCUUUAUUGUUCCAUAAAAAAAUAAUAUGAUGGUAACACUAGGGAAAUGUAUUUGUUGUCAAAUCAACAUUGUUCAUCACAUUGAUGCAAUAAGCUUACUUGUUUGAUUGAAAUUACUAACAUAAGAUGUGGAAUUGGUAUUUUUGAUGUAACAUAAUUGUGUUAUAAGCCUUUAUUGGAGAAGCACUCACUAUUUAUAUCCUAAACAUGUUUUCUUAAUGUAUGCAUUUCUUUAUGGUUGCCUUUUAUUAAUGUCGACAGUGAUUACAAAUGGGAUUGUUGUGAUGCAAUCAUGAUUACCCAUAAAUGUGCUUGAUUUUCUCCUUUAAAACUAUGACCAUUCACCUCAAGUCGGUUAUAAUUUUAAUGCUUGGUAAUGUUCAGAAUGUGUACUUUCUGUAACUCAAAUGUUAAAAAAUGAAGGGUUGAAAAAGAAAAUAGGGUGUCAAAAUGUGCUUUAAUUUUAUGAUAUUUUAAACUUGAGAUAACACUUAAAGUAUGAUUAAGAAAGUCUCGGUAGAAUAUAAUGUAUGAAUGUGAUGUAUAAUGUAAAAUCAGUCAUGGUUUGAGGAAACAGGGCAUUUUGACAGUGACCGAUCACAUUUUUUCCACCCUUAGUCACUUAUGGGUGGUCGACUGUUUUGGCUAUUAAUGAGGACAGUGUGUUUCAUUGGGCUUCAUUCAUUAUGAAACCACUUUGUGGUGCUGUUUUUUUUUUCUUCCGCUUCUUCGUCUGUCCACAUAUUGCAUAUUUAUUGAUCUGUGGAAAGUUGGGUUAGUCUCAUGUGUCAUUCAGUGAAGCUAAUAAUAGAUGAUGAUCCCUUUAUGCAGCAAUGCUACGCUGCAGUGAGAAUGUUAAAAUGUGAAUACUAAAAUCCAAAAUAGUCAGUUACUCCUAUUAAGUAAAGCAGGUGGAUCAGCAUUUAGUUGGCAGGGCUGCAGCACAUGCUUUAAAUUCCCCGAAUAGGCUUUGACACGAGUCUGAUCCGAUCAGGGGUGAAUCCCGCAGGUAAGGGCUAUUCUUAUAAAUCCCUGGCUGCAAUCAAGCAUAAUGAAUGACUUGAUACUUGAGUAUUUUUUGGGGGGAGGGUCAAAGUUAGUAAACCUUUCAUGUCCAGGAAUCAACUUGAAGUCACCAUGCUCAUUUGCAACCACUAGGAGGGAAUACAACUUAAAGCAACACUAGGUACCUUUUCAGUUUUGGUCGAUUUUAGCGACACCGGUGGACAAAAAUGGUAGUUUUUUGUUUUAAAGUGCCUGUGACACAAAAAAGCAUGUUCAUUUCAUAAUACACGCGGUGCUUUAUGCUCCUGAAUGAAUUGGACGACUUGGAUGUGUGGGGAAGCGAUCGCUAUAUUUAUUUAGUUUUUUUUAAUCCCGCGCCAUGAAAAUGAGUGACUUCUGGCAACCGUCUUGAGUUGAGAAAGAGGGCGUUGUGACGUGAACGGAGGAAGGAGUCCUCUUCACUAUACAGCCGUACUGUUGUAUGAGAAGGACUAAGGAUUCAGCUGAUUUUGCGGAUUAAUACGUUUAUUUUUCGCAUCAUGACAGCCAAGCGGCUGCAGAAAAAUCUUGCUGUAACGAGGGAGAGGCGUGUGCGCCUGUUUGGGGUUUCAAAAGGUUACCAUUCACCGGUGGAUAUUGGCCAAAACAAGCCCUACUACUGUUGGACCAUGAAUUACGAGGAAGUGAGUAAACAUCGUGUUUUGUAUUAUGUCAAAUACUGGGAUCAUUUUAAUAUGUAGGUGGCUAGCAUUUUGUGGCUUACAUGCUCUUUGUCCCCUCGGCCGACUACCAGCGGCUUGUCGAACAUCCCCCCGCCGGGAGAGCACUAUACUCGGCUUAUUCCCCUCUUCAUGUGCCCGGUGUUCUGUCAAAUUUUCCGAACGAUCAGAAAUUGCAACUUUGUGUUAAAAAUAGCCACGAAUACAGCGAUUAAAAAGUAAACACUACAAACUUUCUUUAAAUAAAGGACUACUUACGUUUGAUCAUGGAUUGGCAUGUACUGUAAAAAGCUCUCCUCAUACACAUUAGCUGCACAUGUUAGCUGCACAACAACUGCAGCCGCCCUCCUCCACCGAGUGUCUCGCUGUUUACGACUUCGCCGUGUAGUAAAGCAUUAUUUUGCCAUAUUCGUGUUGACCAAUUGGCAGCUACAUGCUCCUCAGACGUCGGCCGGUUUGUUCGGUGGUAAUUGUCCAGCUGCUUCCCCGGCGAGCUCUCCUGUCGGUAGUACCAGAGGAACGAGCUGUAAAUUGCUCUCCGCCGGGCGGUUUGCCAAGCGUCUAAGACAGUCGAAAACUCAGUCAUCAUGUGAAAUGAUCCGGGCUAGUUAGGUGUGAAUUUCCGCUUCAAAGACUUUGAAACAUCACUCGGUUCGGGUUAACAUGUCGGCUAGCUGUCACGCCUCUUGGAUUGUUUACAUUCUCCGAAGCCGGGGAAGGGAAAUGACAUAAGCCCAAUUUAGUUGGCAUAAAAUAUCAUUCGGGAGGUGCGACAGUAAAGGUGAAGUCGACAGUUUUGACCAUUGUGGAGUAAUUUUACCAUGUCGUCUUGAAUAAAUGCAUUUUUAUUAUUUCACAUUCCAUUUAGCACAUUUUCACAUAAUAAUCCUAUUUAAGACUUUUUUUCUCCUGUCGUAAGCACUUUUAAAGUAAAGUAAAUUAGCAUGUCGCCUAGCUCUCACGCCUCCUGUUUUGUUUACGCUCUUUCCUCCGUCUCCGAAGGGAAAUGACAAAAGCCGGACUAUCUCUGGUGGCAUAAAAUACCGUUCGAGAGGUUUACGAAGUCGGCAAUUUUGACCAUUAUGCAGUAAUUUAGCCCAGUCGUACUGAAUAAAUGCUUUUUUUUUUUUUUAUAUAUUUCAUAAUCCAUUUUGCACACAUUUAUUAGUCAUGACCAUACCAUGUAUUUAGCAAUUAAGGAAAAUACUUCUGAAUAUUCCCCCUCAAUGGGCUGAAAUCUUAAAUCAGCUGAAAUCGUUACUCUGCCAACGUCAUCACCCAGAUGGAGGCGCUAGAGCGCUAUAAUGACAGGCGAGGCUAAACAGCAGAUUAAAAGACUAAUUUCUCGUCAUCUACGCAUUGCCAAAUUGUUGUAUAUAGUUGAAUCGUCUCAAAAUAUGAUUUUAAUUCACAUGAUAAUGCUAUUUAAGCAUUUUUUAUCGUGUCACAGGCACUUUUAAGUAAGAGUGCAUUUCCUAUGAGCACCAGCGCACAACCCCAUGGUGUUGUAAAUUCAUCAAUCAAUCAAAAAUCAAUCUCCUGGUCAUAAUUGUAAUAUAAUACAAUUAGUAAUAAGGUAAUGUAUCAAGUUGUGGCUAAACAUAGCAUAUGACGGUUAGCAAUACGUAUGGCUAACCCCCCCACCCCAACCGAACUCGUCAGCGCUGAUGAGUUCAUUUAAGGGGGGGGUCACAGCAGAGAGCGAAAGUCAGGCCAAUGUUUAUUCUGUAUAUUCUAGUAGCCUCCCUUUUUUUCCUCUUCAGACAAAACUUUUUGCCUCUUUGUUGCUCUGCCAUCCUUGCAGAAUCGCAUUGACCUCCAUCUUUUUAAUGAAUGGGGAAAGGGGGAAGUGAUGUUUGCUGCAAAGCAGUCAGCACUUUUGUAGUUUUUUUUUUGUGUGUGGCAGAGUUCCUGCAACCUCCUCAAAGUUAAUAAGUGCCGGUAAAAGCGAUACAGACAGACCCUUUCAAGAUGUAAAAGAGGUGUCAUUCAACUAGGUGUCAGUUGACAUAUUAUCACAAAUGUUAUGAAAAUAUAAAGGUUAAAAGGUUACCUAGUGUUGCAAGGUUCAGUUGGUUCAUGGACCCAAAACUGAUCAACUUUUCAUCCUAAAUCUAAAAUCAUUUAAUCAAGCGGUUGUCUUUUGUCCUAGAGGAAAGGUGCCAAACUCGAGGCCCAGGGUCAGAUCUGACCCAGCACAUUAUUUUGUGUGGCCCGCGAAAGUAAACUAUGCAGAUCAAAAUACUGUUUCUCGCUACAAUAAAAAAGAAUCAAAUUUCUGUAGCCCUUGAUGAAAGAUUGAGAACUACAGAAAUUGGAGAAUAGUCAGUUUUUUUCUUUAUAAAAUUAAUGAUUAAAUAAACUUUUUUUAAAUUAAAAAAAAACAAAAAACAUAAUAUUUACUGUCAUUGAUAUUUUUUUAAUUAAAAAAAACACUUAUUGAAAAGAGAAUAUUUGCAAUUUACAUAGUAAUUUUUUACUGCUUUUUCCUUUUUUUUUUUAAAUACAGAAAAAAAACCUUUUGGGGGGGAUUUUGAAUGCAUGUAGUUUUAAAACACAGAGAAUAUCGGCUAUUAAGAAUUUAGUAUAAAUUAAAUAGUAUAUGCAACAUAUUAGCAGAGGUGCACCAAUUAAUCGAUUAAUCGACAACUAAUCAAUUAACAAAUGAAUCGACACCUAUUUUGAUAACCGAUUAAUUGUGUAGAAUCUUCUUCACCUUUAACGUGUCUAAAUUCUUUGAAAUUAUAACAUAAAUAUAACAUCAGUUGUAAAUAUUAUCAGAUUUCCUCAUUAUAUUUUUGUCAAGUCAAAGUAGGACAUGAUCAAAAAUAUGCUUUUACUUUGGAAGACAACAAUUCACAUUUCUGCCAAUUUUUUGACUUAUUACUGUCUAUACUACCUUCUUAAUAAGGCUGCAACAACUAAUCAAUUAAAUUGAUUAAUAAAUAAGUUGCCAACGAAUUUGAUCAUCGGUAUUGUAGACUACAGUUAAGUCAGGAAGCUGUAAUAAAGUAUUGUUUUUGAAAGAAAUAGUCAUCCAGUUUGUCCUCAUUGCUACUUACAACAUGCCGAAAACAACUUUAAGUUAAGUUUUGGAGGUAAAUUAAUAUAGUGACAUUUAUCCAAUAAUUUAUUAAUCAUUAAUUAGUUGUCCGAUUAAUCAAUUAUGAAAAUAAUCGUCAGUUGCAGCCCAUAAUAUAUAAAUAUACAGUGCUGCUCGAAAGUUUGUGAACCCCACAGCGAUGGUCAGAUUUUUUGUAAAAAAAACUAAAAUAACCUUAUUAAAUGUUAAGUUAUACCCAAAUCCACAAUACUGACAUUCCAAAUAAUGGACUGAAACAAAAGAAAUAGUUAUAUUGUCAUUCUUUAUUUAACAAAAGUGGUUGAUUUAAGAAAAACUCAGAUAUCAUGUGUGCAAAAGUAUGUGAACCCCUUCAGUUAAUAGGAUAUUGCGCCUCCUUUUGCAGAGAUUACCUCAACCAAACGGUUUCUGUAGUGACUAAUCAGCCUCUCACAUCUACUUUGGGGGAUUUUUGCCCAUUCUUCCUUGCAGAACGCAGUCAGUUGAGAGAGGUUUGAUGGGCGUCUGGCAUGAACUGCUCGCUUCAGGUCCCGCCACAGCAUUUCAAUGGGAUUUAGGUCAGGACUUUGACUGGGCCAGUCCAGAACACGAAUCUUCUUCUUUUUCAGCCAUUCCUUGGUUGUAUUGCUGGAAUGCUUUGGAUCAUUAUCAUGUUGCAUGAUCCACCUUCUGCCAAGCUUUAACUUCAAAACAGAUGGCGUCAGGUUAUGUUCUAGGAUUUGACAAUAUUCCUCAGAAUUCAUGAUUCCCUGGACUAUGUGGAGUUGUCCAGGUCCUGAGGAUGAAAAGCAAGCCCAGAUCUUGACAUUCCCACCUCCAUGCUUCACUGUUGGGAGAAGGUUCUUUUGGUGGUAUGCAGUGUUGACUUUUCGCCAGACAUGGCGGUUUUGGUUGUGACCAAACAGUUCAAUUUUGCACCUACAUCAGUUGAUGAAAACUCUUUUUAAUUUAGUCUCGACAACACAACUGUUAAAAAAACAAAAAAAAACUACUGAAUUGAUUGAUUAGGAAAUCAGGUUGAAAUAAUAGAAAAUUCCAAAAUGUUGAGGGGGUUCACAAACUUUUGAGCAGCACUGUAUAUUAGGAUUAGAAUUUAGAAUAAAAGAAUUUAGGUCAACAUCGCCUAAAAUAGUUGUCGAUUUCGUUGCUAAGAGAUUAGUUGAUGAUUAGUUAAUGAAUCGUGGCAGCACUACUUGGCCGAUAUAAUAGCCCUCCGAAGGAAACCAUCAAUACAAAUGUGGCCUCUGACAAUGAUGAGUUUGACCUAGAGAAAGUCCCUUUCAAAGCACCUGGCAGACCAUCCAAACCACGCUAGCGUCUAUGAAUUCCAGUCAAGACGCAGGACUUGACCCAUCUCAGGGUUAGAAGGGCUAUUAGAUCUUUGGUGAUAAGGUAAUUAGUAGGAAUUAGCACUGUUAUCAAACGCCGUGAAAUCCAAAAGAUAAAGCUGUCAUGCAAGCCAUUGUUGCCACAGAGGAAAAUAGGACUCAAGGGGUAGGCAGGUAGGUAGGCUGGCUGAUACUUGAUCAUAAAUCAAAUGAAAUGGAUUAUGCCAGAAAUUGGAACACUAAUUGACCACCAUACAUGCUAUUUUGGGCUUGAGGCAUUCUUGACUACAAGGGAGACCCAAGGAUUGGUAGGUAGCAGUGGCGGAUGAUGGUUUUUCAAUUAGGGGAAGCUCAAAGUGUGUCCACCUGUGAGUGCUUUGUGACAGUGGAGGGGCUCAGCGGCACCCACUGCUUGGCAGGGAAAGAAACUACAGGGCCAGAAGUCAAGUCUCCAAACACAAGCAGCUACAAAACAAAGAGAGAUUAAUGUACAUCUCAGAAGCUAAUCAUGUAGCUACAGUGGGGCAAAUAAGUAUUUAGUCAAUCACUAAUUGUGCAAGUUCUCCCACUUGGAAUUAUUAGAGAGGCCUGUAAUUGUCAACAUGGGUAAACCUCACUCAUGAGAGACAGAAUGUGGAAAAAAAACAGAAAAUCACAUUGUUUGAUUUUUAAAGAAUUUAUUUGCAAAUCAUGGUGGAAAAUAAGUAUUUGGUCAAUACCAAAAGUUCAUCUCAAUACUUUGUUAUGUACCCUUUGUUGGCGAUAACGGAGGCCAAACGUUUUCUUUAACUCUUCACAAGCUUUUCACACACUGUUGCUGGUAUUUUGGCCCAUUCCUCCAUUGAGAUCUCCUCUAGAGCAGUGAUGUUUUGGGGCUGUCGUUGGGCAACACGGACUUUCACCUCCCUCCACAGAUUUUCUAUGGGGUUGAGAUGUGGAGACUGGCUAGGUCACUCCAGGACCUUGAAAUGCUUCUUACGAAGCCACUCCUUUGUUGCCCUGGCUGUGUGUUUGGGAUCAUUGUCAUGCUGAAAGACCCAGCCACGUCUCAUCUUCAAUGCCCUUGCUGAUGGAAGGAGAUUUUCUCUCAAAAUCUCUCGAUACAUGGCCCCAUUCAUUCUUUCCUUUACACAGAUCAGUCGUCCUGGUCCCUUUGCAGAAAAACAGCCCCAAAGCAUGAUGUUUCCACCCCCAUGCUUCACAGUGGGUAUGGUGUUCUUCGGAUGCAAUUCAGUAUUCUUUCUCCUCCAAACACGAGAACCUGUUUUCUACAAAAAAAAAAGUUCUAUUCUGGUUUUAUCUGACCAUAACACAUUCUCCCAGUCCUCUUCUGGAUCAUCCAAAUGCUUUCUAGCGAACCACAGACGGGCCUGGACAUGUAAUUUCUUCAGGAGGGGGACACGUCUGGCAGUGCAGGAUUUGAGUCCCUGGCGGCGCAUUGUGUUACUGAUAGUAGCCUUUGUUACUGUGGUCCCAGCUCUCUGUAGGUCAUUCACUAGGUCCCCCCGUGUGGUUCUGGGAUUUUUGCUCACCGUUCUUGUUAUCAUUUUGACGCCACGGGGUGAGAUCUUGCAUGGAGCCCCAGAUCGAGGGAGAUUAUCAGUGGUCUUGUAUGUCUUCCAUUUGCUCCCACAGUUGAUUUGUUUACACCAAGUGUUUUACCUAUUGCAGAUUCAGUCUUCCCAGCCUGGUGCAGAUCUACAAUUUUGUCUCAGGUGUCUUUCGGAAGCUCUUUGGUCUUGGCCAUAGUGGAGUUUGGAGUGUGACUGAAUGAGGUUGUGGACAGAUGUCUUUUAUAUCGAUAAUGAGUUAAAACAGGUGCCAUUAAUACAGGUAACAAAUGGAGCCUCGUUAGACCUCGUUAGAAGAAGUUAGACCUCUUUGACAACCAGAAAUCUUGCUCGUUUGUUGGUGACCAAAUACUUAUUUUCCACUUUAAUUUUUUUCCACAUUCUGUCUCUCAUGGUUGAGGUUUUCCCAUGUUGACAAUUACAGGCCUCUCUAAUCUUUUCAAGUAGGAGAACUUGCACAAUUGGUGGUUAACUAAAUACUUAUUUGCCCCACUGUAGGUGUGUUAAUGAUAGGUAGCAAUAAGAAUUUAGAGAAUUUUCAAACCCAAUUUUGGAUUGGUCACAUUUCUUAUUAGGGACGUACAAGAUUGUAACAAUAGUUAAGGAGGAGGAUUGCAUGAUGGGAAGCGCAGUAGUAUGAGCAUCCUUGGAUCUUUUGUUGGUUGGUGUUUGUACUACGGAGUUAGUUUGGAAGAUUCGUAUUUUAACUAGAAAUAAUCAUAAAGGGGUAUCCUGGAAUGGUGGGAGAAGGAAGUUGGUAUCUACUUUGUAGAUACCUACUGCAUAAUGUGCUUUUAAUGUGCAUAUAUAAUGUGCAACAAUCCUCAAAUCUCAUUAUGUUCAGAUACCUUUAUUCCAUGCCUGUAACAUUUUUUGUAACAGAAUUUAUCUCUGUAUACUGCCAAAUCGAUGAAACUUGACUUGGAAAAAUGUAAAUAUUCUAUUUAAGAGAAUAAUGAGUGGUCAAAAGAAGUUUAAUUUUGUCAUUGUACCACAUUUACGCGUAUGUGACAGCUGAAAACGGCACAUUUUCUUACUCUUCCAUGGUACCACAUGUAGUGGUAGUUUACAGAGGCCAUAGCAAUCAUUGUUUACUGGACUGUAUUGAAAUGUUUACAAGCUCGACAUUUAUUGUAGAAUGGAUUAAUAAAAAGACUU